AUGGGUCAUGAGCAAGCCAUUUACUACUUAAGUAGAAGGCUAAAUGAUGCUGAGACUAGGUAUAACUCUGUCGAAAAGAUGUGCUUGGCACUUUAUUUUGCAGCCAUUAAACUGAGGCAUUACAUGUUGCCUGCAAAGGUGUAUGUAGUGGCACAAACAGAUGUGAUUAAAUAUAUGUUGUCCAAGCCUAUCUUGAGAGGAAGACAAGACCUGUAUGAGGUCAAUGUGGUGGAAAAUGAACCUUGGAAGUUAAUGUUUGAUGGUUCAAAAAUAGAUGAAGGAGUUGGUGCAGGUGUUGUGUUGAUUGCACCAAACAAGCAAAUGCACCAAUUUGCGUAUCAGUUGGAAGCACAACAUAUUCAGUCUUGCAAUCAAGCUGAGUAUGAAGCUUUGAUAAUUGGUCUAGAGUUGACCAUAGAAUUCAAAAUUAGAAGCGUCCAAGUUUUUGGAGAUUCACAGUUGGUCAUUAAGCAAGUUUUGGAAGAGUUCAAGUGUGUAAAUGGCGUUCUAGGGGAGUAUCUAACUGAGGUCAAAUGGUUGAUCAGUUUCUUCGACCAUGUUACCUUUACACACAGGUAUAGAUUAGAAAAUAGAAAGGCCAAUGAGAUGGCUCAAGCAGCUUCUGGUUUAAAAAAACCUAAGGGAGCUCAGGAAAGGGUGAUUCAAAUUAAAAGAAGAAGCUUUUCUGCACUUAGAGAUAAAUGUAGAAAUUUUUUGCCCAUUCUCACUUUGGAUGUAAUAGAGGAGGAUUGGAGGUUCCCCUUAAUUAAAUACCUGUCGAAUCCUAGUGAAAAGAGUGAUAGACAAAUAAGAUAUCAAGCCCUAAAUUAUGUAAUCAUGGGAGAAGAUUUAUUCAGGAAAGCCCAUAAUGGGCUAACUUUGCUUUGUAUUGGCAAGUUAGACCAAAUGAAGGCCAUGGCUGAAGCACAUGAAGAAAUUUGUGGAGCCCAUCAAGCUGGUGACAAAAUGAGAUGGUUGAUUAACAAGUUUGGUUUACCCCAGUCCAUAACUGUCGAUCAAGGCACAAUGUUCAAUGGGGAUGAGAUUAAAGGGUUUGCCACCGAAUAUGGCAUUCAAAUAUUAAAUUCCUCACCCUAUUAUGCCCAGGCAAAUGGGCAGGCUAAGGCAACAAACAAGAUUGUCAAAAACACUUUAGAAAGGAUGAUUGAAGACAAUCCUAGGGAUUGGCAUAACCUUCUAUCAGAAGUGCUUAGGGCUUAUAGAAAUUCAAAAAGAAACAGCACAGGAACAACUCCAUAUGAGUUGGUGUAUGGGCAUGAUGUUGUGUUGCCUUUAGAAGCAACAGUGAGAUCCAAUCGACUGGCUAGGCAUUUGAAUAUUCCUAUGGAUGAAUAUGCAGAAGCCAUUUCAAUUGAGUUGCAAGAUUUAGAAGAAAAAAGGAUUAUGGCAUUUAAUCACUUGAUAGCCCAGAAAAAGAAGGUUGAGAGAAGUUACAACAAGAAAGUGAAAAGUAAGGCGUUUUCUGAAGGAGAGUUGGUGUGGAAAACUAUCAUACCAAUUGGCUUAAAAAGCCCAGAAUAUGGCAAAUGGUCUCCAAACUGGGAAGGACCAUUUAACAUACAUAAGGUCCUUAAAGGAGGGGCUUAUCAUCUUGUUUCCAUAGAAGGUGAGCCACGUAGGAGAGUCAUUAAUGGAAAGUAUCUUAAGAAAUAUUAUCCAAUUAUGUGGGAAUGUAUGAACAGGCCCUGA